AUGACACUUCAAGAGCACUGUCUGAGCGCUAAGACGUGCGGCGAAUGUAUAUCAAAAUCAGUGGACUGUUUUUGGUGUGAAGACGAGGCCUUCAGCCAUAUAUACCGAUGUAAUGGCGAAAAACAGCUUCAGUUUCACUGCAAUAAAGAGAAACUGGUCGGCGCUAAACUCAACCCCCGGUACGAGACACUAGUGGACCGCGAGUUUAGCAAAAAGUUUGGCCAAACGGUUCAACUCAAGCCCCAGAAGUAUCGGCUCCACAUGAGGACCAACUCUGAGCUGAAGAUACCGAUACACUUCCAACAGGCGGACGACUAUCCCAUGGAUUUGUAUUAUCUGAUGGACUUGUCGUGCACUAUGAAGAAGUUUAAGACCAAUUUGGCAAACGUUGGCAAAACAUUGGCCGACACUAUGAAGAGAACCACUAAAGACUUUAAGAUCGGUUUCGGAGCUUUUGUGGACAAACCUGUUAUGCCUUUCUCUUCAUUCAAACUAGAUCGCAUCCAAUGUAUUGACCCAAACAACCCAAACGACCCGAACGUUUGGGGGGAACCGACGUAUAGUUUUUCCCAUAAACUAACUCUGGAUUCGGAUGAGAAAGCGUUUGUGUCUCGGGUCAGGUCGGCC